AUGUGGGCCCCAUGCCAUCCUUCUGUCGAAGAAGCGAAGGCCUGUCGCUGGACAUCGCGUGUGGAGCCACAGUUUGCUUCGGUCGUUGUAAAUUCCUCCUGGAACAGCCGCUUCCAGCAUAACAUAUUCCUGGAUCCGAUGCAUUCCUGUUUCCAGCUUGUUCUCCUUCGGGUUUUUUUCUUCCCCUCCCCGAGAAGACAUCCCGAAGUGGGACCGUGGCCCAGGUCGGUAGAGCGCACGUCGGAGAGACUCAUCGCACGCCCCGUUGCCCGGGCUGGCCAACAAGUCGGAGAUUUUAUCAAAACAGUCUUAGCCCGCGAAUUAAUCCUUCCCACGGAGGAUAAUUCUGUAACGCGGGCUUACCCACCUGGCGGCUCUUUGAGCCUGCCGCUCAGGAGGGAAAAAAAGGGUUCCGUCUGGAGGCUCCAAGAUAAACAUUUCUCCUCAAUGGACCUUUUUAUCAAACAGUAUCCUUCGAUGAGCAGCAAAAGAGCUCCUCCUGCUUUCACAGGCCGGAUCGGGUGGACUCGCCUCUGUUCCCAGGCAGAUCAACAUAUCCUGCAUAUGUCAAGUACCUGCUGCCGGGGGAGCCAUUACUGUUUAUAUGCUGUCUAA